GGCAGCCCCCGCGCUGCAGCUCAGCAGAGAGAAGAAGCUGCAUGGCUGUUAUAAGGCAAUGAUGGUGUCUCUGGUGUCCCGCAGCCGCCUUUGGUGCUGGUUGUUGGGAGGCACUGGUAGAACAGCCUGCAGGCACAAGAGUACCGGGGUGGCUCGCAAUAAGCCCCUCAAGCAGUGGACUCUGAUCGUCAACCCUCUGAGCAGCUUGAGGGUCAAGCUGCCAUGUGAUGUGCGGGUUAGACCGCAGGACCCGCUCACCUACCCGGACGCUGACCGAGUGUUCGUCCAGGUGAGCGGGGUGGACCGCAAUGAGCACCGGGGGCUGGACCUGGACAACAUUGAAGUCAGAUACGACGAGGAGUCCAGGCAGGUGCGGAUCACCUCCCAGAACAUAGACAGCCGCAGCUGUGUGGAGGUCACCACUCCGAUACGCUUCGAUGUGAACAUCCAAACUUUGGGAUCAGGCUGUGUGAACAUUAAACGAAUUGAGUGUGACAGUUGCCAAAUAGAAACCGAGAAGGGCAACAGCGUCCUACAGUCUGUCAAGGGUCACAAUGUUCACAUUCGUACAAAAGGAGGCAAAGUGGUGUGUUUAGGCACAGUUCAUGGCAAUGUGGAUAUCCAUGCAUUGGCUCAUAGUACAGUUGACAUUGAGAAACUGGUAGGUACAUCUAUUAACAUUUGCACAGAAAAUGGUCAGCUAAAAGCCAAAUACCUGUAUGCAGAAUCUUCAUCGAUGUCUUCGGCUGCUGGAGAUGUAAUAGUAGGAAGCGCCCAUGGUGAUACAAAACUUCAUACAGAACGAGGAAAUAUUACAGUAGAUUCCUCAGACGGAUGUUUGAUGGCUUCUACAACGGAUGGAACAAUAGAUGUAUAUAUCAGUCAAGCUGGCAAGGUGCAUCUUAAAUCUGACAAUGGCAGUAUUAAGGUCAAAAUAAAUGCCAACCUUGAGGCGUACUUGCAGCUGGCAGGAGCUAGAGUGAAUGUUAGCCCUGAAGUUAAAUUACAGGAAAUCGAGAACACUUCCACUGAGGGCCAAACCAUUUUAAAAGCAACAAUUAAUUUAAUGAAUGAAACACAGAGAUGGAUAGUAGCGGAAGCCAGGAGAGGCACAGUGUACUUGACGCUCCAGGACUGGCUGCAGUCACUAAAACUCCGCACAACCUGAGAUUUCUACAAAACAUUGGACCUUACCGGAGCCUGACUGGGUCUAUCAGCUGACAUAACUACUAAGUAAUAUGUAAUAUGCUGAACAAGCAUUUUUAAAUUGGUGUUUCCUCUCUCCAUUGUAUAUUCUGUAGGAAAGGUGGGUAUUGUUGGUACUUGUAUCACUUAAUAUAAGAGAAAAAUGCCAAAUGCAGG